AUGACGUAGAGGGAGGAAGGCGUGGCCGACCUGUGAAAUGUCAGGGAGGAAUGGCGCUCGGCGCGGUAUUUUGAACAAUCGUCUUUUGCUCGCCUCGUUUCGCCCGCAAACGCUGGCCCGCGUCAGAUAACUCAGGUGUACCGGGGUGCUGAGUCAUCGCCAACAUGGACGUGGUGUCGCCUGAGCUCAACAGCCUCCUUCCUGACGAAAUCAUGGACAUGGAGGCCAUUGAGGAGGUGGCUCAGUCCAGCCAAGACGCAUCUGUCGCCAUGGAAACGGACACGGCCCCGGAGAGUGUCGGACCGUCGACUGAACGUGCGCUCCAUGGCGUCGCCGUCUCCGCUUCCGGUUUGUCCUCCCCGCUGGUGACCCUGAGACAGACGCUGGCCACCUCCACGGCCACCACCAAGACCACGGACAGCGUCACAGGGACGACGGUCACCACGAGCGCCUUGCAGAAGCUAACGGUGCCGCUCAGCAUCUCCGCCACCAACCAUCAGAUCAUCCUCAACAAGGUGGCUUCGGAGGCGGCGCGUUCGACGAUGGGCCAAAAGCUUCUGGUGACCACCAUUGGGAAAACAGGGCAGCCCAUCGUGCUGCAGCUGCCCCACGCCGCCACCAAGGCGGGGGGCGCGGCCGACGCAAAGUCCAUCAAGGUGGUGACCAUCGGUGGGAGGUCGGAUUUGAAGCCGGCGGUUGGGAGUGUAGCCGGUCAGGUGGCUGCCUUGCAAGGGCAGCAGCUCAAGACUGUGCAGAUCGCCAAGAAAACACCGGCGUCCUCGGCUCCGCCCAUCAAGUUCAUCAUCACCAAAGCGGUGAACAGCAAAGCGCUGAGUCCUCAAACAACGGGCGCUCCCAUCAUUGCGGGACGGGUCCUGGCGCAGAAUUCGCCAACAAUGCCUCAGAGGACCAUCACGCUCACAGAGUCCCCGCACAACACCACUGCCAGCAUCCAAAGCAUCGCCGGCAAAAAGAUUGCCAUCUCCCCCCUCAAGACUCCCAGCAAGGUGACUGUGGUGUCUGUGGCGUCGCCGACCUCCGGGGCCGCUCAGAAGUCCAUGACGCUGCCGGUCAGCGUGGCGCUGGGCCAGCAAAUCCUCUCUGUUCAACAGUCUACGUCGUUGUCACCUGUCAAGGUAGCCACCAGUCAGGCAGCACAGAAUAUUAAACCGGUCCCGUCAGUGGCGGUGGGGGGCUCCCAGUUCAAGAACAUUAUCCCGCUGGGGGCCCAGCCUAACAUGCAGCAGAUCCAGGUGCCGGGAAGCCGCUUCCACUACGUUCGCUUGGUCACCGCCACCACGGCAAGCGGCGGCGUGCACCCCACCGCUCCCAGCACCAGCGCCAUGCAGACAGCUAAACCUAUGGUGGUCAGCACGGGGACGGUGGGGAUGUCGGUCCCUAUUGUGGCGGCUCAGACGGUCAAGCAGGUGGUGCCCAAGCCGCUGACGUCGGGAGCCCAGGUGGUCACCGGCACAUCGAGCCAGCAGCGCCUAAUCAUGCCCGCCACGGCGCUGCCGCAGAUUCAGCCCAACUUCGCCAACCUGCCGCCGGGCACCGUCCUGACGCCGGCACCGGGCGGCGGCAACGUGGGCUACGCCGUGUUGCCGGCGCAGUACGUCACGCAGCUGCAGCAGGCGCCCAUCGUGACCCUCGCCAACAACUCCACUUUUCCCACCUCCACCGUCCAGACUCAGGCCCGACUCCCACUUAAUGGCAUGUCGGCGGAGGCGACGUCGCGGCCGAGGAAACCCUGCAACUGCACCAAGUCUCAGUGUCUCAAGCUAUAUUGCGACUGCUUCGCAAACGGCGAGUUCUGCAACAACUGCAACUGCAACAACUGCUUCAACAACCUGGAGCACGAGGCCGAGCGCUCCAAAGCCAUCAAGACGUGUUUGGACCGCAACCCAGAGGCUUUCAAGCCCAAGAUCGGCAAGGGGAAAGAGGGCGAGUCAGACCGGCGCCACAGUAAAGGCUGCAACUGCAAACGGUCGGGUUGCCUGAAGAACUACUGCGAGUGCUACGAGGCCAAGAUCAUGUGCUCGUCCAUCUGCAAGUGCGUCGGCUGCAAGAACUUCGAGGAGAGCCCGGAGAGGAAGACGCUCAUGCACCUGGCCGACGCGGCUGAGGUCAGGGUCCAACAGCAGACGGCAGCCAAGACCAAGCUAUCCUCACAGAUUUCGGACCUGCUCAUGAGGACCGCGCCCGUCAUCUCCAGCGGUGGCGGCAGGCUCCCGUACACGUUUGUGACGAAGGAGGUGCUGCAGGCGACGUGCCAGUGCCUCCUGGAGCAGGCCAAGUGGGCGGAGGAGACGCAGCAGACUCAGGCAGAGGCCGAGCGCCUGAUCCUGGAGGAGUUUGGACACUGUCUCAUGAGGAUCAUCAACUCGGCAGGCAAAGCCAAAGCGGACUGCGCCGCCAUCAACAGCUAGGUCCAGAACAAUGGCCGGCUUGGAACGGACACACGUGGAACACCAUAGACGCUCAUCUCUGCGCAAAGGAAGCGCUGCACUUCCAGCUUUUAUUCCCCCCUUUUAUACUCUCUUGCUUCCCUCUUUCCUAUCUGAUGUUUUAUUCCUGAAACAUGGUGUCAAAUGGUAUAUUUGUGCUCCCAUUAGACAAAACGCAACACGUUUUUGAUAUUUAUUUUUGGCAAGUAUUUGUAAUUAGCGCUAAUCUUGUGUUGGUUUCAGUGUUGAUUAUUAUUAUUAUUAUUAUUGUUCUAAUUAUUAAUAUUAACCGAGGAUUGGCUACAUUAAUUCCCAAUCCGUGCACGUACGGCAUGACUCAAAAAGAUACAAUACUGGGCAAACAUCUGCAAUUGUCCACGUGAUAAAGGAAAAGGACAUUGUAUUUGGUGAGGAAAAAAAUACACAGUGGAAGUACAGAAGCACAAAAAAACAAAACAUCAAAAAUUGGUAAAAAUUAUGAAUCACUGACAGUGUAGUGUGCCUUUUUAUAUGGUGGUGGAACACGGCAUAACAGUUUUUAAUACCUUCAAAACCACCAAAAUUAAUUUGUGAUUCAUGCUUUUAUUCAUGUCACUCAGAAUCAUUGUCAUCAAGAACAUCUCGGCAGUACAGAAAUCUUGUGGGAAAUUGUGUACAAUUAGCUACAUUGUACAAAAAUAAAAAACAAAAAAGCUAUUUAGCUUUGUAUUUAAAUCAAACGCAUAAACGUGAUUUUUAUUUUUUUAAUGUAUUUUUUUUCCUCUUGUCUUUUUCCCCUCUUUGUUGUUCUUACAACACGCGUGCUGUGGGAGGCGCUGUUAAACUUUUAGGGACACAACUCGACUUCCGUUUACUAAUACAGUAUACAGAGCUUUGUUAUUUAUAUUUAGUCGUUCGAGAGCUUUAAAUUGGUUUUUAUUUUCAAGCUAAUGGGAAAUGUGUCACUUGUUGAUAACGUUUUCAGAAGCAGAGAAUAUUGGAGAUUUGGCAUCGAAAAAGCUUUUUUUUUUUUUUUUUUUUUUUUUUUCUUUUUUUUUUUUUAUUAAAACCGUCGAGGAAGAACCAGGAAAAAGAGAAGAAGAAAAAGCGGAAGUUAGUUUCCACACUGGCAGCAUGGCCCGAUGGACGCACAAUUGUUGAAAAAUGUGUACUUGAUAAUUCUAUUGUAAUACUUAAGUGUCUUAUUUACUGUAGUGGAGAAAGUGAACGGUUGUCGCCGUCGUGUGUUUUUCUUGUUUACCCGAUGCGAACACACCGGAACACCUUAUAUUUUUUUAUUACCAGAAAUAUCUUUUUAAUGUGUCCAGUCGACGAAGACCGCCCAACGCAAACUGAGUGGACAAUAAAAGUAAGUAUUUUACAUUUCGUGCCUGUUAAUGUGACUUAAUAGACAGCCCAAUGAUUAUACCAAUCACUACCCAUCUGACCCAUUCGCAAGUCUGGGAAAGAUUAUACACGAUGUAUUGAUGAGGGUUUAGGGCAUUUAACUCCAAAAGUACUACUAAACCUGUAAAGUCUUUAAUCCCUUGGUUUGUACUUUUUGUUCUUUCAGGGUCAUCCUGAAGUCACCUUGCAAGUGUGUAUAUUGUAUUAUUCACUAAAUAGUAAUAAAAUUGUGUCUAAACUA